AUCGAGUAGAAGAGAAAAUUUGGAGCCACAUCUGACCUCUUGAGAAUGUGGACCAGAUAUAUGAUCUUAAUCCUCUCUUAUCUUAUCACAGAAAUGUGGAUGGAGAGACAGCAUUUAUCUCUAAGAGACGUGGAACCAGGAGCUGAUCUCACUAGGAAUCACACCCUCCGGGAAGGCACUGGAUUCAAAAGAGUCGUUUUCGAAGGGCAGUACUGUAGAAACUUUGGUUGUUGCGAAGCCAGGGAUGAUGACUGUGUCACUCAGUUCUACGAGGCGAAGGCGCUGUGUUACUGUGACACAUUCUGCGAAAGGGAAAAUUCUGAUUGCUGUCCUGAUUAUAAGUCAUUUUGCCGUGAAGAAAAAGAAUGGCCUCUUCACAUAAAGCCUUGGCAUCCAGAAGGUUGCCACAGAGAUGGUCAACAUUAUGAAGAAGGAUCAGUAAUUAAAGAAAACUGCAAUUCCUGCACAUGCUCAGGACAGCAGUGGAAGUGUUCCCAGCAUGUAUGCCUUGUUCAACCAGGACUAAUUGAACAUAUCAAUAAAGGAGACUAUGGGCUUAGAAAUAAUUCCAAAGGAGUGCUCAGAAACAGGGCUUCUUUACCCACGACAACUGAUCUUCCAGAGUUUUUUGUUGCUUCUUACAAAUGGCCAGGAUGGACCCACGGCCCGUUGGAUCAGAAAAACUGUGCUGCGUCUUGGGCGUUUUCUACUGCAAGCGUGGCAGCGGACCGAAUAGCGAUUCAGUCCAAAGGUCAAUACACAGCCAACUUGUCCCCUCAGAACCUGAUCUCUUGCUGUGCCAAGAAACGACACGGAUGCAGCAGUGGAAGCAUCGACAGAGCUUGGUGGUACCUGAGAAAACGUGGACUGGUGUCCCACGCAUGCUAUCCACUCUUCAAGGACCAAAAUGCUACCAAUAACAGCUGCGCCAUGGCAAGUAGGUCUGAUGGGCGGGGCAAACGGCACGCCACAAAGCCAUGUCCCAACAGCAUUGAGAAAUCCAACAGGAUCUACCAGUGCUCUCCUCCCUACAGAGUCUCUUCCGAAGAAACUGAGAUAAUGAAAGAAAUCAUACAGAAUGGACCGGUUCAAGCCAUAAUGCAAGUCCAUGAAGAUUUCUUCAGUUAUAAGACAGGGAUAUAUAGACAUGUUACCAGCCCAAGUGGAGAGUCAGAAAAAUAUCAAAAGCUUCGGACACAUGCAGUCAAACUCACUGGGUGGGGCACACUAAGAGGAGCAUCAGGGCGGAAAGAAAAAUUUUGGAUUGCUGCCAAUUCCUGGGGAAAGUCGUGGGGCGAGAACGGCUAUUUCCGGAUUCUUCGAGGAGUAAAUGAGUCUGACAUUGAAAAGUUGAUUAUCGCAGCUUGGGGCCAAGUGACAGGUGCAGACGAACCGUGACAUAUCAUCCCGUUUCCAGAAGGCUGUGCAGUCAAGGAACCCUGUCCCUUGAAAUUAAGCGAUGUGAGGUUCUCCGUGACAUUGCCCUCUCACCUUGUUGUUACAAUGUACUUGUUUUUCUUGUUUCACCCGGGGCUCUAAAUUCCUGCUUCCUUUAUGUUACUGAGUCUGGAAAAACAUUCACAGAGGACAGCCCAGGGGCUAAGUAACUUUUAAGCACUCUAGUAAUCUUGAUUUCUCUCUCUUGACAAUGUUCUUUUUGACUUUGAUGAGGCCCAAACAGCGGGAUGGUGCUUUUAAUGCUUUAAACGUUCAUAACGUUUGUUUGUAGCAAUCAUCUGGCUUCUCUCUUGAGGACUUCAGACAACAAAAAGCCAUGAAAAUACCAAUUUACCAUCUUUACGAUUUUUUUUUCAACCGAAUCAUGCUUUCUGAAUUCAGACCUUGCUUAUUAUGUUUUGCCAAAAAGCAAUGGAAAUAGAUUGUGUCUCUCAAUAAGCCAACAUUUGGGUUCUUUUCAUUUGCCUAAAUGGAACUCACAAUCCAAACUCGAAAGAACUGUGCCUCUGACAGGAAAUAACUGCUCUUUACAGUACUGGGUAAGGACUUGUGAUGUGGAGAAGAAGUGAGUGAUGGAAAAGCUUAGAGGCUGACAAUGGAAGCACAGUCUUGAUAAACAUACCCUCCUAUUUUGGGAAGCCAGUACACUUUGUGUAAUGUCUAUUAAAAUGAGCUGCAGAACGAUAUUUGGAAAGAUAACGUACUUACCCUCCCAAACAACAACGUGAUACCAUGAGUCAGAAAGAAUAACUUUACUUUUAUCACAACCAUUUCACAGUUCACGGCUUGAGAUUCUGAAAAGUAAGCUACAUUGGCACCCAUUUGCAUCCAAUUUUAAUUUUAGUUCUCUAUUGUCAGAGAAACAAAAGUAGUAUCAUCGUGAUGGUUGGGAAAGGAUGUAAUCUUUUAAUAAUUCACUGGCAUCUGAAAUGGCAAACUAAUAAAUGAAGAAGCAAAGCUGA